AGAGAGAUAGAGAUAGAGAGAGCGUAGAGAGAGAGCGUGUUGAGGUAGAGAGAAAGAGAGAGAGAGGGGAGAGGGGGAACAGAAUCAGCACAUUCAGAUAGACGAAGAAAAACAACCCAAGGAUUGGUUUUUGUGAGGAUAUCGCCGCAUUAUUGCAUACGUCUUGGAUACAGAUAUAUAUAUAUAUAUAUAUAUAUAUAUAUAUACAGGCUAUCUGCUGGACCAGCUUAACGCUCAUGUCUUUUUUGAUGGGAAAUGUGGCAUUCGUAUGGAUGACGAUAUGGAGAGAUGGACAACAUUGACAGUUUCAAAAGAUUCUUAAAUGAGAACACUUUGAAGAUGAGAGAGAGAGAGAGAGAGAGAGAGAGAGAGAGAGAAAGAAAGAAGCAUAGAGAAUGCAGUGACUUGUGGGCAAACUAAAGACUUGUAGAAAGACAGAACAUUUGUAUAAAGACACAACACUUGUUGGAGGUGAACAUAACAGGAGUAAUAAUCCACUGCCAGAUGUAUCAGUCAAGUCAUUGGAAGCCAGAAAAACAUACAAGCAUAAAAACAGAAACGGCAGUCAUCAAUCAUACCCUACUGUAUUAUUUCUGUCAUUCUGCCAGUCGGCUCUUGGCUACCCAUCUUGUGGCAGGUGGAUGAAAGUCUAUGUUGGCUGAACACAAACAGUUUGAAAAUCAACAAUCAACAAUCAGAAUCCAUCCAAAUCCAUUCAAAGAAAGACGCUUUUGAGGGAGGGUAAUGAUCCCGUUGGAGCUGCUGGUGUAUUCUUGUUGAACUAUAACAAUGGACUUUCAUGCUUGUUUUUAUUGAAAUGUAAAGAAAAUAACAUUUUGGAUGGUGCAUUUUGCUUUUGCACUAAACUUCAAUAUUUUUUUCAGUACUGUACAGUUACAAUACAUUACAAAAAACCCGUACUUCAUAAUUUUUAAAAGAAAAUUAAGAUACUCAGAAAGUAGGAUAGAAAGGCUGACAUAGUUUGGACAGCAAAAUUGAGUAUUCAGGAAGUUAAAAAUUAGACAUCCUGUUUUGCCAUUAGAACGAUUCAAAUGGAGUGGACGGUUGAUUAACUCAGUCAAUCUACGCUUCAAAGAUUCCACUCUUUAACGCUGCCCCUGCUGCCCCCUCCCACCGCCCACCCCCCCGGCCAACCAUGGGCAAACCUCUGAGUCGCCCUGGAUGUUUCCAGAAAAACUCCUGCUGCCGAGCAAAACAUGGAGUAGGCGAGGGGGGUGGGGUGAGAGGUGGGGGGGGGAGCAUCGUGGAGGGGGGCUAUGGAGACGGCUACGUCCCUCAGCGCUCCAUCUACGACACCAUGUGCCUUAACCAGCAGAUAGACAGCCAGCACCAGCUCCACCACAUCGGCGGCUCCAUGCGGGAGACCGGGGUGGAGGGAGCCUUCAGCUGCUCUGCCAGCAGCUCCCUCCGAGCAGGCCGGUCCCCAGGGGACAUGUUCGACCAGCAGCCGCGCUCGCUCACCCCCAAUCCCUCGUUUGUGCGGCGCUUGGACGAGAGGGCCAUUUAUGACUCCUUAAAGCUGGGGGUCCAGGAGGCCGACGGGGUCGACUGCCGCUCCCCGGGACGCUUUAAGCGCUCAGCCACUCCCUCAGUGUGUUCUUUCUCAGCUCCAGCCGUCUCCUCAUCCUCAUCCAAAAAGCACCACCAUCAACAACAACUACAACAACAACAACAGCAACAACAGCAGAAACUACAACAGCAACAGCAACAACAGCAGCAACAACAACAACAACAACAGCAACAACAGCAACAACAACUACAACAACAACAACAGCAGCAGCAGCAGCAUCAUCAUCAUCAUCACCAUGGAAACAGUGGAAAGAACAGGGACGGACGCCACUCAUGGAAAGUCAUCACCCCCCCAAAUCACAUGGACUGCCUCGAACUCACGUCGGAGGACAUGUUGGAUAGGGGUGGGGGGUAUCUGAACCCUGCCGCCUACCCUCCUGUAGGCAGCUCCUCGCUCGCCUCUCCUGUCGUUUCCCCCUUCACUGGUUCCCCUCACUCUUCAGGCUACCACACCCCCCACUUUUUCUCCCCAGCCAAACCUCGGCCUGUUCAGACACAGAGCUUGCGCUGUUCACCUCCGCACGUCACCCAGCCGAGACACUACUCUCAAACCCAGAGCCUCAGGAUGUCCCCAACACAUGAACUGAGCUACUCUCCCUACCGAGCCCCGCUGGUCCAACUGUCCGCUCGCGACCUCCAAGAGGAGAUGAGGGAACGGGCCUGGGCAGGCAGGGCCGAUCGAGAGCGGGAAAGAGAGUGGGAACGAGAGAGGGAAAGGGAGAUGGAGAGGGGAUGGGCUGAAAGGGAAUGGGAGAAGGAGAGGGAGAGGGGCAGGCUGGAGAGGGAGAGGGCUAGAGAGCGGGAGAGGAAGGACACUUCUGGUUUUGGAACUUUUGGCUACGGCCGAACGGCUCCGCUGUGUUCCGACAGGGACUCAGUGUUCCUAGAAUCUGACCAGAUGCACGAUACCACACCACUGCUGCCCCCCCAGCCGUCACUCUCCCCGUCACCUAAUGCUGCACCCAGGAUGGGAACAUGUGCUGUUGGAAGAAACCGAGCUGGCUCUAAAGUUGGACCAGAAACCAUGAGUGGAAGUGUGCGAUCAUCUAACAGUGGAGGUGGAGUUAGGCCCUGGUUAGGCGGUGAAAGUCGCCCUAGAAGUAUGGCAGAGACACCAUUCACGUCUGAAGCACACUUUGAUCACCGUCAUGAAUCUUGGAGUAAAAGUCAUAAUAGGGUGGACGAAAUAGAAAACCCGAAAGGAAGAAUUGAAUCCCAGUGUAAAAAAGGUCCAGAAAGAAGUUUAUCCGAAAGCAUAAAGCUAUCUGGGAUUAAAACUGAGAAUUCAUCUUCAUCUGCAAGUAAGGAAAAACACAGAAGCCGGUCUGCGGUUGGAAAGAGAACUGAAGAAGUGAAGGUAGACUGUGAACUGAGUGCUGAGGCUAGUACCUGUGCUGUGCAAAAGGUUGGAAACAAGGUUGAGCCUGAGUGUAAUGAAGACAAAAUAAUAAGAUUGGAUGCAAGGACUAAUGGGGAGAAUGAAUCUGUGAUUGUAGAUGUACAAAGACCUGAGCAGUUAGAUACAUUGCAGCACCCUCGUGGGUUGGCUGAUGUAGACGUAUGUGCAGACCAUGAAACAGCCAUUGCCAAAACUGAUGCUAUUGUUGUAUCUAAGGUCGAGACUGCACCUAAGACUGAGCAUAGUUCCCAGUCAGGUAAAACAAAUCCAGACCUCAAUAGUGCAAGGCACAGGGAUGAAAGGGAGACCACUACUGUUGAUUGGGGUAAUCCAGAAUUUCUGCCAUAUGAAAAAGCUGAACAAAAGGUCAAUAUGGGCAAAACUGGAUUUAUUGCUCCCAAACCAGAUUUUGAUAGCCAGAAGUUAUCUACCCCCAAACCCAACAGUAGAACUCGCCCUGGAACAGCUACAGGCCUCCGUCCAGGACUAGUCAGCCCCAAACUAGACAGCGGGUUCGGGGAGCAGGAUCCGGCAGCACCCCCAGAUGGCAUGGAGUCCACCUGGCCCCGGAGAGUCAUUGUCAGAAAGAGAACAGUUCGACAAGGCGGCGCACUGCACAACCUACCCAUCCUCCCACCACUCCCAUCUGUUCUCACUGCACUGGAGAAGAGGUUCCCACACCACCUCCCACGUCUAGCUCAUCAUUCUGAGAAUCCUUUGACAAAUCUGAUUGGCGCAGUAGGGCGGUGCUCUUUAAAAGAACCCUCCCAUCUAGAGCUGGGUCUCUGUGCCACUGUAGUAAGCAGAGCGUCAUUGAAGGAACAAAACUUAGAGCAGUGGAGGGCCACCAAAGAGCAUAAUGAUCUCAGGAUGCAAAGCAGAAAUAAUAAGAAUCCAGAAGAGUCCACAGCGGAGAAGGAGGAAAAUAAGGUGAAACGUGUAGAGCAUGAUAAACUAAAAUCAAAAGAGGUGACUGGUAGUGCUCAGGGAGAAAAGCAUGACAAAAGCAAUAGCUAUCAAUGUGAGAAGAAUUAUGGUGUGGUCAAAGUAGAGCAUGUCAUAACAAAACAGGUAGAAUCAAGAGACAUUGCACAAGUAGAUAUCCAAGACAGUGUGAAUCAGGAGUACUUGUUAGCGUUAGAAGUAAAGGGGAUCAAGGCAGAAGAAAGCACAAGCAAGGUGAUGCCUUCACAAGAGCAACCCAAACCAAAAGAAGAUAAGGUUGGCGGUAAACCAGAAGUCAGAAUAGAUGUAGAAGGAGAAUGGAUGGAAGAGAGGGAUGUUGGCGGGAUGGCCGGGGAGGUGGAGAGCUGGGAUGUGGUGCUGAAGAUGGUCAACACCAUUUGGGAGGAUGGCUGGGCCGGAGGCAGAGCUGCAGGGCCAGUGGAGGAAGGCGACACCGGCUCCAUAUCCGGUUCCUUGCAGCGUUGGCCUCUUCUCAGACCCCCUGCAGGCUUUGGGGGCUCCCACCCAUCGUCCUCGGCUGCUUCAGAGCUCAGCUUGACCGAGCUGGAAAGGAGGGCCAGGGAGCUGGACUCAGACCUCGAGCAUCUCGACCUGUCCCUGCCCCACAGGGAAGCAUACGGUCUGAUGCUUCCCAAGCCGCAGAAGGAAAGGACCGACAUGUACCAAACGCACCCGGGGCCCCAAAGAGAGAAAGGUGCUUUUCUCACAGGUCUAGGGAGCAGGUCUCAGGUCCUUCUAGAGAUGGUUCCUACCAUUACAGAGAAGGUCAUUACGGACGUUGACACCAACUGGUCAGAAAAGUCUGAUGCUGGGGCACCUACCAUAGGCAUCAGCUCCACUAAAGAGGACAGCUCUCCAGACUCAAACCUUACCUUAGAGUCGGAUUCCAGCGGCGUCUUCCUUUCCAUGUCGAAUCAGAGCCAAGACGAGAUGGGCUCUGACAGCGAUCAGCCAAUGAGUGGUUCCGACUUGGGCAGCAGCAGCACAUCAUUCGACAGAGAUGGGGAAGAGGCGGGUGCAAAAGAGUGGGGACGUGAGGAGAGUGCUGAGCUGGACUGGUGCUACCCUUCACUCCUCGACCCCUCUUCACAUGAACAUACAGCAGAGGAAGGAAAUGGAGAUGAAAACAAAAACCCAAGAGAUACAAAAAAAGAGGCUGUAUCCAUUAAGACCUCAGCUCAGAUGUUCAGUUCAGUUUCGCUCCCAACAUCCCCUUCCAAACAACUAAUCAAACAAUUCCUCAAUCCCAAUCUACCAAUGAGAAGCUCGGGAUUAGAUUGUGGUGACUUGGAUCCCUUUAUCCAAUCAGAUAGCUUUGUUUACCUUGCAGUGUCCACAAGCUCCAGCCCCCAGGCUGAGAAAACCGAAGCCAUAGACAAACCCCCCCAUGGGGCCAUCCAAGUCAUCUCAAACCAGUUACCCAGCUUGCCCCGAGCUCCCGAGGACUCCUCCCCCGCACAGAAGGCUGUCGUCAAGGUGACUCAUCUUGUGCCCCAGCGUCCAGAGGGAGAAGACUUCCUGUCCACGGAUAGUUUUGUUUACCUCGCUGCUCCAGCAUGUCUCUUACUGGGCCCAGAAGGAACUGCACCCUACGGUACAAGGGAUUCUGAUUCGGACAGCUCUGGAUCUGGCGCCGCCGACAUGUCGGUGCUGGGCUGCGGAUCCCUGGCCGGGGACAGCGACUGGGACUCGGACGCUUCGGACUCAUACCCCCAUCGCCCUUCUUCCAGAGUCCCCGGGGCCAGCGACAGGCCUCCGUCUGGCCCCGUCCGUCCGAAACGCCACCCCACCACUGAGCCCAGCUGGGACCUGUUCCAAGAUGUCACCGAGCCGGAAGUACUGCCCGAACUGCUCGACGAAGAAGGCCACGAAGAAAGCGACGAAGAAGGCGACGAAGAAGGCGAUGAAGACGGUGCCACCAGCGGCAGCAACAACCUAAACAACAAUGUCACCACGGUUACAGUUGCGGCUACAACUAUGGUAAUAACCACCCCCGGGUUCGUCAACGAGGUGACUCCCGAGCCAGCAGACGAGAUGGCGAAAGCCGUUGCGACGUUGGAGCAGGCGUCCACCACCAAGAAGGUGACAUGGCAGUUCAAGCCGGCGCAGAGAUCUGUGUGCACAGGAAGCAGGAAAGAGAAAGAACCAUCAAGGUCGUCAUCACUGAGGUACGCCGACCAGGGACCGGAAGAGGCGCACUGUCCCUUACCAUCGUCGCCCUCUUCUUCCUCCUCACCAUCCUCAUCAUCGUCCUCUGGUUGAGGUGCAGUACAGACACAGUUUUCCUGGUCUUACCAUUGGGUCUCAGUGUGCACAGUCUGUAGCGGUAGCGGUACGGGUGUAGGAUAUCAGAAUACACACAGGCUUAAGACCCUUAUGUUGAGUUCAAAAUGUUCCAACUCGGGAUUGACAUUUUAACUCGCAUUGCUGCAAUAAAAGAAAAGUUUCAUAUUUGAGUAUACAAAGGCACUAAAUCUAAAAAAAUGAAAUUUGCUGAAACAAAUGCACCAACAAUAAAUUAGCCAACUGAA